AUUAUGAGGGUAGAUAGCUCCGCCCACCUCAUGCCAAUCACACUUAAAGGCCACGUCUCAGUUUUUUUCCCACAUCCAGAGAGUUUAUGACAGAAACUUUUUAACACUGAAUACGGAAACAUUACUAAACAGGAGGUGAAUAAAGUUCACAGUAUGCUGCGGUGGAGAGCGCCAAAGCCCACUGUUUUGAGCCUUUUGCUAAUUCCGGCUGUGGCAGGGGUGCUUCUGUAUGGCUGGUACAGCCGUCCGCCCCUUCAAAACAUCUCUCUGUCUGAGGGCAAGGUGCACGUGUUGCUGCUAUCAUCUUGGAGAUCUGGCUCAUCCUUCCUGGGCCAGGUGUUUAACCAGCAUCCCGAUGUCUUUUAUUUGAUGGAGCCAGGCUGGCACGUGUGGACGUCUAUACAGCAAGCCGGCGCACGUAGCUUGCGAAUGGCAGUGCGCGAUAUGAUUCGCAGCAUCUUCCAGUGCGACUUGUCGGUGAUGGACGCCUACAUCCCCCAACCACAAAACGUCUCCCGCGUCUUCAUGUGGAGCCACAGUCGCGCACUCUGCUCUCCGCCCGCGUGUUUCCUCACAUCUCGCAACGAGAUUAGCAAUGAACCAGAAUGCAAAAAGCACUGUGACACGCAGGGUUUGAAGCUCGCGCAGGCGGCGUGUAAGACUUACAGCCACGUAGUGUUAAAAGAGGUUCGCUUCUUCGAGUUGGAGUCCCUUUACCCUCUACUGAGGGACCCCUCGCUGGAUCUGCGCAUCAUCCAUCUUGUCCGUGACCCGCGAGCGGUACUUCGUUCCAGGGAGCAGUCGGUCAAAGCCCUGGUGAAAGACAACGCCGUGGUACUUGAACAGGCUGAUACUCCGGAGAAGGAUAUAACGUACCAAGUCUUACAGGAGAUUUGCCGCAGUCAUGUGCGCAUUUAUGAGACUGCCAUGCUGAAGCCACCCGAUUUCCUACGGGGGCGCUACAAAAUGGUACGUUACGAGGAUCUAGUGCGCAACACGCUGGCGGAGAUCGAAGCCAUGUACGAGUUUGUGGGUCUGGAGCUGACUGAAGCUCUGCAGGAGUGGAUCUACCGCAUCACUCACGGCAAGGGCAAGGGAACGAAGAAGGAGGCCUUCAAAAUCACUUCGCGUAACGCAGAGGAUGUCUCCUUGGCUUGGCGAACCACUUUACCGUUUGAAAAAGUCCAGCGCAUCCAGGACGUGUGCAAAGGAGCCAUGUCUCUGCUUGGAUAUCAGAUGGUGGAUAGUGAGAAAGAGCAAAAGAUGCUGGAUUUAGACCUUAUGAAACCACGUGAACGCUAUCGGUUCAGCUGGCUACCUUCUAAAAGCACUACCGAUAAAGUAUAGGGUUGCCCCAGUGAUCAAAUGCCUAAAGACUGAAGAAUCGUGGGGAGUUUGUUCAACAGUUUUGCUCUCCUUUGCGUCAUACUAAAGUAAAAUCAACUUGGAACAAUCAAACAUUUGUGGACGCCGCAGUGUUCUAGGGACUGGCUUCUCUGUUAAACGAGACUAGAAGCGCUUUCUUAACACAACUUUUACCACUGGAUGCUGUUUUUGAAGAAAUUAUGGUCCAAUAAUUAGCUUCAAAAUGUAUUUAUUGACAAGAAAACUAUUAUGAUGAUGGUGUUUUUGUUUAAAAAAAAAAACUGCAUUUCAAAAGGGCGUAGUAGAUGGGGGUUGAAGGGAUCUAUAAUGGGACAAACGUCAAAACGUUCAGCUAUCUACAGACUUUUACUGCAUUAAGCUGAGUAUCAAUGUCCUUGUGAAUAAAGCAGUUAAUGAUUGUAUGUAUAGAUUUAUGCUAGUGUUAUGCUGAGUUUUAUUGAUUGUAGAUUACUUUUUGUCUAUGUUCUCACUGGAUUUACACUUUACUCAGACUUGGACCCCAAAAAACAAAAUGCAACUCUUAAAAAUUGUGAUUGGAUGCACUGUUUUUGAAGUCGAAUCCUUGCUACAAGUUGCUGCAAAGCACUUUACUUAAUAGCUGUAAACUAAACAAAUAGAAAAAGACACACAUGCAACAAUAAAUAUAUAUGGGUGAAAGAACCAGAAAUAGAAAAGUAGCAUAAAUAAAAGGAACUGAAACGGCUCUAGAAAAUCCCCACGAAGCAGUGCUGCCAAUUUAGCGAUUUUGACGCUAGAUUUAGCAAAUUCCCUGCCCCAUUUGAGACUUUUUUUUUUUUUUUUUUUUUCAAAAGCCUAGCGACAAAUCUAGCAACUUCUUGGACAAACCGUAUCUAGAUUCCAUGACUUGCACACUGAUCUAUAUUUAUAUUAAUAUAGAUCAGUGGAUUCGCCAGUAUGAUGCCAUCUAGCGACAUUUAGCGAUCGGUUUUAGCUACUUUCAACUGAAAGCAAUUGGCAACACUGCCACAAAGCUCCUAUAAACUGGAUUUUUUUCAAAGCAUAGACAUAAAAUACAUUUUAGUAUACACCAUAAAGUCACAUGACUCAAGAGAAAAAAAGAGAAAUGUUUUGAGUUCUUAAAAAUCUUGAAUAUAUUAUCUAACAAAUUCAGAAAAGUGAUAUAAAACUUUCUUCAUCACAUACUUGAAAAGGAAAGCCUUGAUAUACUGGAAAAUGUAACCCCCCCCCGAAAGCUACUGUGCCAUGUGUGCUCCUCAGCCAUCACUAACCAUCAAGAAGUGUUAUACAAACACAAAGGGUUUUUUGUGUGAUUAUUUUAUUACGUUUGUUUAUGAUAAGACAAUAUGUGAUGAAGUCUAUAAAUGGUCUAAAGCUAUAAAGACUUUGAACCUGGAUGUCAGACACAGUUUUACAUGUUACAGUACUACUUUGUUUGUCAUUUAUAUAAAGGGCUUUUUUUUUUUUUUUUAUUAUUCUACGUGCUUGUGCUCUAGAUUUUCUCUGUACCUUUACUAAACCUAAUUUGAUCAAAUGUAAGGUAUUUUUUUAAUUGAUUGAGGUGUUGCCGUUUCAUGAGAUUGUUUGAUUACAAUGGGAGCUGGUGUUUUAUUGAAGUUUGAAUCACAUUGAUUUAUAUUCAACAUGUCAAGCAGUGACUUUGAUUAGUUGAAGUGUAAAUAAAGGUAAAGAUCAAGAGUCUCUUCACAUAACAGAGUAUAUUUUAUAACCUGACGUGCUCAGGAGGGACGUCUGAUAAUGUAUCCAUCACAAUCCAUGUUGUUAGGAAUAGAUAGAGAAUUUAGGAAAUAUAAAAAUGAAUCAUGGUACUCAUUUAGAAUGUCAGUAUUUAUGUUUGGUGUUAGUAAGUCGUCUCUAGGUUUAUGAUUACUGUUGGUGUUUUGGUUGUUUGCACAUGUUCAAUGUAAAAACAUUAUACCUGGUUUGUCUGAAUCUGUCUGUUUGAUCAAUGUUGCAUGUUUGGUGAAAUUGAUAAUGUGCAUAUGUUGGAACAUAAUAAACAACCUACAGUAUCACACACUUGAAAAGAGUAUCAGAAAGUGAAGACCCAAAACCCACAACCCAGCCCCCUCACGGAAAACGUUGAAUUUUUACAAUUUAUAAAAAAAACUAAACAUUAUUUGCUUAAUUUUUGUGUCCUUUCUUUUUGUUGUUGUUGUUGUUGUUUUUAAGUUUCACCCCCCAUUUUUGAGAAUAGACAUGAAAAUGCACUCACCAAACUUAAAUGAUUAGAAUUCAAGAAUGCUUUUUAGUACAGAUUUGUCUUGUUUUAAAGAAGUCACCCAGCAGAUUAUUGCUGAAGUGAAAGCACUUGAAAAAAUUAAAGCGAUGGAAGUUUAAAUUUGCUGUAAAUCAAAAGUACUGUACUAAACAUUUUAUAUAAAAUUUAUAUUUUGUCAAAUAUAUUUGACUCUAAAAUUGAUAUCAAAUGAAAGUCAUAUGUCUAACCAAGUUGUGUUCCAAAUUUGAAGUUGAUAUCACAAAAAUUGAAGUUCCUAUGUAAUUUUGUUUAGGUGCUGUACCAAAAAUAACCACCAGGUGUCACCGACAUUCAAUUGAAUUUUUAAUGCAUUCUCCUGUUACAAAUUGAUAAAUUUCUGUCCAAAUGUCACUUCUAUCACAAAACACAGUGAGAACCGUGAGACCUUUCAGACGAUAUAUGUUUUGUCAAGAUGGUUGAAGGUUUCGACAAUAAAGUAGCUAAAAUAAAUAUUGUAAUAUGAAACCUGACACCAGCCACUAGGGGAGGAGCUCGCUAAAAGAAAUUAAAGUACUGUUUCCGUGGAAACACAACAUCCGAUUUUAAAAUGGUUUUCACACGCUGAGUUCGUAAGCUUUCAAAUAAUACCUAAUCUAUAAUGGGACAAACGUCAAAACGUUCAGCUAUCUACAGACUUUUACUGCAUUAAGCUGAGUAUCAAUGUCCUUGUGAAUAAAGCAGUUAAUGAUUGUAUGUAUAGAUUUAUGCUAGUGUUAUGCUGAGUUUUAUUGAUUGUAGAUUACUUUUUGUCUAUGUUCUCACUGGAUUUACACUUUACUCAGACUUGGACCCCAAAAAACAAAAUGCAACUCUUAAAAAUUGUGAUUGGAUGCACUGUUUUUGAAGUCGAAUCCUUGCUACAAGUUGCUGCAAAGCACUUUACUUAAUAGCUGUAAACUAAACAAAUAGAAAAAGACACACAUGCAACAAUAAAUAUAUAUGGGUGAAAGAACCAGAAAUAGAAAAGUAGCAUAAAUAAAAGGAACUGAAACGGCUCUAGAAAAUCCCCACGAAGCAGUGCUGCUAUAAACAGGAUUUUUCAAAGCAUAGACAUAAAAUACAUUUUAGUGUACACCAUAAAGUCACAUGACUCACUUUUUUGUGUGAUUAUUUUAUUACGUUUGUUUAUGAUAAGACAAUAUGUGAUGAAGUCUAUAAAUGGUCUAAAGCUAUAAAGACUUUGAACCUGGAUGUCAGACACACUUUUACAUGUUACAGUACUGCUUUGUUUGUCAUUUAUAUAAAGGGCUUUUUUUUUUAUUAUUCUACGUGCUUGUGCUCUAGAUUUUCCCUGUACCUUUACUAAACCUAAUUUGAUCAAAUGUAAGGUAAUUUUUUUUAUUGAUUGAGGUGUUGCCGUUUCAUGAGAUUGUUUGAUUACAAUGGGAGCUGGUGUUUUAUUGAAGUUUGAAUCACAUUGAUUUAUAUUCAACAUGUCAAGCAGUGACUUUGAUUAGUUGAAGUGUAAAUAAAGGUAAAGAUCAAGAGUCUCUUCACAUAACAGAGUAUAUUUUAUAACCUGACGUGCUCAGGAGGGACGUCUGAUAAUGUAUCCAUCACAAUCCAUGUUGUUAGGAAUAGAUAGAGAAUUUAGGAAAUAUAAAAAUGAAUCAUGGUACUCAUUUAGAAUGUCAGUAUUUAUGUUUGGUGUUAGUAAGUUGUCUCUAGGUUUAUGAUUACUGUUGGUGUUUUGGUUGUUUGCACAUGUUCAAUGUAAAAACAUUAUACCUGGUUUGUCUGAAUCUGUCUGUUUGAUCAAUGUUGCAUGUUUGGUGAAAUUGAUAAUGUGCAUAUGUUGGAACAUAAUAAACAACCUACAGUAUCACACACUUGAAAAGAGUAUCAGAAAGUGAAGACCCAAAACCCACAACCCAGCCCCCUCACGGAAAACGUUGAAUUUUUACAAUUUAUAAAAAAAACUAAACAUUAUUUGCUUAA